AUGCCUCAAUGGGCAAGUGCGGAAGGGGCUGGAUCUGAAGCAGCAUCGCCAGAUCAAAUGAUGUUGUACUAUGAAGAUGACGCUUCUGAAUAUUUUGAUAACAAACAGGAAGACAUUAAAAUAGAACAAGCCGGUGAUUUCUACGAUAGUGGCAGUGGCAGUGACGAGCAAGUACCAAGGCGAGUGUGUCGACCUCGAAGAACACCAGCCAGCUCGUCUUCUUCGGGCACCACGAGUGGCUCAAAUGGACCCGGCCGUCGGCGCCGUUGUGGAAUAUCCGCCCGCGAGCGUAAUUUGCGUAGAUUGGAAAGUAAUGAACGGGAACGAAUGCGGAUGCACUCGCUAAACCGCGCGUUCGAGGAUCUUCGCCGUGUAAUUCCCCACGUCAAGAAGGACAACCGAAGCCUCUCGAAGAUAGAAACACUAACCCUUGCCAAAAAUUAUGUGAAAGCUCUCACUAACGCUAUAUGCACAAUGAGGGGAGAAGUUCCUCGUUACCAGUUUAACAGUGAUGAUGAAAAUGUAGAGCCGGUGUUUGUUUUAAGCCGAGAUCAAGAACAGAAUAACAACAUGCCAAACGACCAUGACAGGGAAGAUCCGUCGCCAGUUCCAAGAGAAUGCCUU